CGAAAAAUGUUGUAGUGAAGUAAAGCUCAAUAUUUUCCUCUGGCAUGUUUUAGGGGUAGCAGAAAACGAGGAAAACAUACUUACAAAAUCAUAUUAAAGUACUUUGUUUAUUGUACCAUUAAUUAUGACUCAUGUAUAAUUAAAACAAUGUAUGACAUGGUAUAUACAUAGUUUAUUAAUUCAAAGUUUUUUGGGGGGGCUUUUAUUUUGAAAUAUUUACACCGGAAGACUUGACUGGUCCCCAAAGCAAAUAGAGCCACACGCAUGCGCAUUCCCGUACUUCACUUAAACAACCCUAGGUGGGCAUCUUGCGCUGGUUCUGAAAUAUCAUCGACUGAUUCACGGGAAUUAAUCACAUCACCACCAUGGCGUCCAGUGGAUAUCUGCAGGCAGCGGUGCUCCUUCUGGCGGUACAGCUCAUCUGUCUCGGUGCAGCUGAUGCGGAUCAUGAGACUGGGACUGUCAUCCCUGCCGAAAGUCGCCCAUGUGUGGACUGUCAUGCAUUUGAGUUUAUGCAGAGGGCACUGCAAGAUCUAAAGAAGACCGCGUUCAACCUCGAUGCCAGGACAGAGACGCUGGUGCUGCGGGCGGAGAGGCGGGCUCUGUGUGACUGCAUGCCCACCAACUCUCUGCGCUGAGGACGCCCCCCACCUCCACCCUUCCACACACUGACACCCACCCUGUUCUAAACCUCUGAACUCAUGUACAGCGACUUCCAUCUUAACUUAUCCACGCAAUAGGCACUUUAUUUUUCCUUUACUCUCAUGUUGUUGUUUUGCCUUAUUGGGGACGACUUUUAUACCACUGAGGUUUUACAUUGUGAAACACGCCUGUGAAUUUAGUUUGUCUCCAUCGUCACGGGAUUUAGGUCAGUUUCUCAUCUCAUAAAUAAACUAUCUUUUGUACUUUUUAGUAUAUGACUGUACGGUGUAGAUACAGUAGAAUGCAUCGAUUAACUUACUCGUUGAAUAUCUUGUAUGAGAUUGAAUGUUUACGACGAUUUUACACAUCAAACUGUAGCAUCACGUGGAAUUUAUUUAAUAAUGGCUCAAAACACUUCAAUAAAACAUCAUAAAUCACCUUAUAGGAAUCGGUCAUAUUUAGAUCAUUUAAAUGAUUUGCAGCCUGGCUGCUUUUGUGAAAAAAGGUUGGGUAACUGAUCAAAGAAAGUUAUAUUUCUUUUGGAAAAAAACAAUGAAGAUUUAUUUGUAAAGACAUCAGAAAAAAAGACAUUUUUAUCAGAAGUUCAAACUAAUUUUUUAGAGUUUUUUUCUUGAAAAAGCGUAUUUGUAAGUCUUGAUUUAGCACAGCACUGUAGCAUGAAAUUACAGCACCUUUUGUUAACCUGCUGUUAUUGUAGAUUGUAUGUAUAGAUUCUGUAUAUGUACACGGGUCUACUCUGCCUGACAGAGGCGUAUGCAAGAAAUAGCGACGAACGAUAUGGUAUCAGAAAAUGCAAUAUCGGCGGGGGGGAAGGGAGGAUGGAUAGAGAUAGAAAUUUAAAAUGUCUUAUUGUUGCUUGUUCAUGAACGGUGUACUUUGUUAACAUUGAGUCACAAGACGCCACAUUUAUUGUCUUAAUGUUGUACCUAUCAAUAAAAACAAUGAAUGACC